GCAGUACAUACGUACAUGGACUUGUUACCUUGAGGCUCAAUGGGGCCAUCAGCUGGCGCUGGGGCUGGGAGGCAGCCCCCAUUCUGGUCGCUGGUUUUGCCUUUCUGAGGGUUGAAUGAGUUUCAUACCAAGGUGUGAGGAACAGGCCAGCCAUCCACCCAAACCAGCACCAAUCAGCCAGCUAUUUACCAGAUGUUUUCUGCCAAUGUGGCUUUCCUGAGUGUGUACCAUGCUGCUAACUGUGUACUGUGUGCGUAGGGACCUCACAGAGGUAACCUUUUCCCUCCAGGUCAGCCCUGACUUUGAGCUCUGCAACUUCAGAGUCCUCUGUGAGCUUGAGUCUGGUGUGCGUGCCGAGGAGAUUCAGCUCAUCUACAUGGAACAGCUCCUCACAGAUGACCACUGUACCCUGGGCGCCUAUGGCCUCAAAGAUGGUGACAUGAUUGUAUUACUCCAGAAGGACAAUGUGGGACUUCGGACUCCAGGAAGGACCCCAAACCAGCCUCGAACUGAUUUCACUGGGUCAGCCGUGCCUGGAACGUCAAAUUCCCGACACCAUCAUCAGCAUCAGCACCAGCAUCAGCAUCACCAUCAGCAACGCAUACCAUCAACACAAGCGCAUGGAUUGGCCUCAGGAGAGAAUAUGGCCUAUGCUCAGGAUCUCAACAGCCCUGCUCUGAUUCGCAGCAUGCUGCUUUCCAACCCCCAUGAUCUGUCCCUAUUGAAGGAACGGAAUCCUGCUUUGGCUGAAGCUCUGCUUAGUGGAAACCUUGAGACAUUUUCCCAGGUCCUGAUGGAGCAGCAGAGAGAAAGGGCCUUGAGAGAGCAAGAGAUGGUUCGUCUCUAUUCUGCAGACCCAUUUGAUCAGGAAGCUCAGGCUAGAAUAGAAGAAGAAAUCAGACAGCAGAAUAUUGAAGAAAAUAUGAACAUAGCUAUGGAAGAGGCUCCAGAGAGCUUUGGACAAGUGGCUAUGCUCUACAUUAACUGCAAAGUGAAUGGGCAUCCUUUAAAGGCCUUUGUUGACUCAGGUGCCCAGAUGACUAUCAUGAGCCAAGCCUGUGCUGAGAGAUGUAACAUCAUGAGACUGGUGGACCAGCGAUGGGCCGGGGUUGCUAAGGGAGUGGGCACACAGAGGAUUGUGGGCCGAGUUCAUCUGGCUCAGAUUCAGAUUGAAGGUGAUUUCUUACAGUGCUCUUUCUCUAUACUGGAAGAGCAACCCAUGGAUAUCCUUCUCGGGCUUGAUAUGCUCAGGAGGCAUCAGUGUUCCAUCGACCUAAAGAAAAAUGUGCUGGUGAUUGGCACCACCGGCACACAGACACACUUCCUUCCUGAAGGAGAGUUGCCCUUGUGUGCCAGGCUGGUGAGUGGAACUGUGCAAGAAGACUCUUCAGAUAAGGAAGUAGCAGGCAAUAUCAAACAUCACGUCAAGGGUCCAGGACGAAAAAAGCAUUGAAACAGGUUGUAUAUGAGCCACUGCCACGAGGGAGCAAGCUGUGGGUCCCAGGAAAGUAUAAGACAUGAGCUCACUGGCAAUGUCAUCAUUAAAAACAUCUUAGCAAACA